UUCGUGCGGAUCAUGGUGCAGAUAAGUUUACGGUGUUAAAGAAGCGGAACAAAUGCCCUCGUCUAGAAAUAAAACGAUGUCCUUUUGUUCCUUCUUCGGAGGAGAGGUCUAUAAAGACCACUUCAAAUCAGGGAUUUAUGUAUGUUCAAAGUGUGAUCACCAGCUCUUCUCCAGUCGUUCCAAGUAUGAACACUCGUCUCCUUGGCCAGCCUUCACAGAGACCAUCCUGGAGGACAGUGUGUCCAAACAUCAGGAGAGACCUGGGGCAUAUAAGGUACGAUGUGGGAAGUGUGGAAAUGGACUGGGUCAUGAGUUUGUAAAUGAUGGACCAGCCAAAGGGCUAUCUCGCUUCUGAAUAUUCAGCAGCUCACUGAAGUUCAUCCCUAAAGAUAAGGUCGAUGGACAAUAAGGUGAGCAGUUGGAGGAAAUUGUUGCUGGACCUGUAGAUGUUUCUCUGUGCUGCUGUAGGUGUGGACAGUGGAUGAAGUGCUCUGGGACAAAGCCCAGUCUGGGAGCACCAGGGCUCUGAUGAACAGUGUCUUCACUUGACAGCAAUAACAGACGACGGGUCUUGCAACUUUGUUAUGCAAUUCUUACAGAUUCAGUAACCAGAACAGCCACGUUGAUUGUAUCAUAGUAGACAGCAUUCACCUCAUAGCUCAGCACACAGUUUCUUAUUGAGAGUCAUUCAUGGGUUUGAACAUAGUGAAGUCACUUUCAGAGAUCUCUCACAGAACUGAGAAUUUACUGUUGAUGAUCUAUUUUUUAAGACUACUGGACGAUAUUUUUAAAUUAAUUGACAAUGGUACAUUUCUGCAGUUUGUAUGUGUAGAUAAAGAGUUGUGCAGUUUUUAAAUUAAAUAAAGUAAUGUUGAUAUAGCUA